CGAGCAAGUUCCCGGCCUCCGGGCGCGCCGCGCUCUCAGCCUCUGGCGCCCGCGUCCCCACGAGAGGGCUCGGGGUCGUCGGGCUGUGGUGGCGUCGGCAACGAGCCGGCGGGCAGCUGAACGCCCCCGCCGGAGCCCGGACCAGCGGGGCCGGACGCACGGUGGAGGUCGGCGGCGGCGGUGGCGGGCCGGGCCAGCUGUCCCGGUCGAGCUCCCCGCUGAGGAUGGCGGCGGCGGCGGGCUCCCGGUACCACCUGGGCACGGCCCCCGGGCACGCGCCGGGGAUACCGGAGCCCCGGACCCUGGCCCCGAGUGGCAGUAUCUGGGAACUGCCCUGGAACCGGGACGGCGGCGCGUUAGUGCAUGCUACCCAGGACAUCCCUCUGCAGGUGGACAUGUCCAUGGCUCUGCAGCGCGUGCGGAUUUCCGAUAAGUACAGCAAGAGCUACUUCAGCCUGCUGCAAGCAGCUUCCGUCGCAAAAGACGAAGUGCCUCUCUGUGUAAAGGACGUCAGCCGCUUCUUAAUGCAAGACAUCGCAUUCCUGUCUGGUGGCCGGGGAAAGGAUGAUGCUUGGAUCAUUACGUUUCCAGAAAAUUGUAAUUUCAAAUGCAUACCAGAAGAAGUUAUAGCAAAAGUACUGACUUACUUGACGUCUGUUGCAAGGCAAAAUGGAUCUGACUUCCGAUUUACCAUUAUUCUUGAUCGAAGAUUGGAUACCUGGUCUUCUCUCAAAAUAUCUCUCCAAAAAAUCUCAUCUUCAUUCCCUGGGAACUUGCACUUGGUUUUGGUCCUUCGUCCCACCAGUUUUCUCCAACGAACUUUCACAGACAUUGGAUUUCGAUUUAGUCAGGAAGAUUUCAUGCUCAAAUUACCGGUUGUUAUGCUGAGCUCAGUUAGUGAUUUGCUGACAUACAUUGAUGACAAGCAGUUAACCACUGAGUUAGGCGGCACCUUGCAGUACAGCCACAGUGAAUGGAUCACCUUCAGAAAUGCUAUAGAAAAUUUUGCCCUCACAGUGAAAGAUACGGCUCAGAUGUUACAGUCCUUUGGAACUGAACUGGCUGAGACAGAACUACCAGGUGACAUUCCUGCAAUGGAAGAAAUUCUUGCAAUUCGUGCUGAAAGGUACCACCUGUUAAAGAAGGAUAUCACAGCUGUAACCAAAGAAGGAAAAUUUCUGCUAACAAAUCUGGAAGUGCCUGAUGCUGAGGGUGCUGUGAGUUCAAGACUUGAAAAUCAUCAGCCGACUAGUGGUGACUGGCAAACUAUUAAUAAAUUGCUGACUCAAGUACAUGAUAUGGAAAUAGCUUUUGAUGGAUUUUGGGAAAAACACCAGCUAAAAAUGGAGCAGUAUUUGCAACUCUGGAAGUUUGAGCAGGAUUUUCAAGAGCUCGUAAGUGAAGCUGAACUUAUACUAAACCAACAAGCGGAGUUGGCAGAUGUAACAGGGACUAUAGCUCAAGUGAAACAAAAAAUUAAAAAGUUGGAAAACUUGGAUGAAAAUUCUCAGGACCUGUUAGCAAAGGCCCGGUUCGUAAUAAUACAUGGACACAGGCUCGCAGCAAGUCACCAUUAUGCCCUGGAUUUGAUCUGUCAGAGGUGCAAUGAACUACGUUACCUUUCUGAUAUUUUGGUAAAUGAAAUCAGAACCAAACAGAUACAGCUCAACAGGACCUUUAAAAUGCAUAAACUCCUACAGCAGGCUCGACAGUGCUGUGAUGAAGGAGAGUGCCUUCUGGCUAAUCAAGAAAUAGACAAGUUUCAGUCUAAAGAAGAUGCACAGAAGGCCCUCCAAGACAUUGAAAAUUUUCUUGAAAUGGCUCUACCCUUUAUAAAUUAUGAUCCUGAAACCCUACAGUAUGAAUUUGGUAUCAUUUUAUCUCCUGAACUCAAGGUUCAAAUGCAGACCAUCCAACUCAAGCUUGAAAACAUCCGAAGUAUAUUUGAGAACCAACAGGCCGGUUUCAGAAACCGGACAGAUAAACAUGUGAGGCCGAUUCCAUUUGUAGUACCUGCUUCUGACAAUUUGGUCAGAUCUAGAGCACCAUUUUUUUCACCUACACAAGUGGGAGUUGGAUAUUCUUUCUUUCAAGCAUGUAAACUUUUUUCAAAAGGGAAGAAGACUUGGAGACAAAAUCAGAGCAACACAAAAACUGAAGCAGUAUAUGAUUGUCAGGAGAAGAGAAGUUCUGUUCAGUCCUCCAAUUUGGACAAUGACAAUAGCUUGGAUAUUUUAAAGAACCACGUCCUAAAUGAGCUGAUACAGACCGAGAGGGCAUAUGUUAGGGAACUGUUUACUGUUUUGUUGGGCUAUAGAGCGGAGAUGGAUAAUCCAGAGAUGUUUGUUCUUAUGCCACCUCUCCUGAGAAGUAAAAGGGAUGUUCUCUUUGGAAACAUGGCAGAAAUAUAUGAAUUCCAUAACAACAUUUUCAUGAACAGUCUGGAAAAUUGUGUUGAUGCUCCAGAAAGAGUGGGAUCUUGUUUCCUGGAAAGGAAAGAUGAUUUUCAAAUGUAUGCGAAGUAUUGUCAGAAUAAGCCCAGGUCAGAGGCAAUUUGGAAGAAGUAUUCAGAAUGCGCCUUUUUCCAGGAAUGUCAAAGAAAAUUAAAACACAGACUUGGUCUAGAUUCCUAUUUACUGAAACCAGUGCAACGUAUCACUAAAUACCAGUUACUGUUGAAGGAGCUAUUAAAAUAUAGCAAAGACUGUGUCGGAGCUGUAGAAUUAAAGGAGGCACUUGACACAAUGCUGGAUUUACUGAAGUCAGUUAAUGACUUAAUGCAUCAGACUGCAAUAAAUGGCUAUAUCGGAAACUUAAAUGAGCUGGGCAAGAUGAUAAUGCAGGGUGCGUUCAGUGUUUGGAUGGGACACAAGAAAGGUACUACAAAGAUGAAGGAUUUUGCUAGAUUCAAACCAAUGCAGCGGCACCUUUUCCUGUACGAAAAAGCCGUCAUAUUUUGUAAAAGGCGUGUUGAAAGUGGAGAAGGCAGUGAUCGAUACCCAUCAUACAGUUUUAAGCACUGUUUGAAAAUGGAUGAACUUGGAAUCACUGAAUAUGUAAAAGGAGAUAACCGCAAGUUUGAAAUCUGGAAUGCUGGAAAGGAAGAAGUUUAUAUUGUCCAGGCUUCGAAUAUAGAUAUGAAGAUGAUGUGGUUAAAAGAAAUCAGAAAUAUUUUGUUGAAGCAACAGGAACUUUUGACAGUUAAGAAACGAGAACAGCAUAAUCAGUUAACAGAGCAGAAUCAUUUUUCUUCUCAGCAGAAUGAAGGGCAACACAGAGCUUUUACAGGUGCUGAGGAACCUGAGUUGGGACAUAUCAGCACUAUGGUGGAGGUCGGUGAGUCCAUCACAUCAGUUCAGGCAGAAGCAAAUACAGUUUGGACUGAGAUGUCAUCACCUGCAAAAGUCUCUGAUGAACCUGAGAAAUGGUCCAGUAACUAUUUCUACACCUCUUAUGAUGGCCAUGAAGAAGAAAGACCUCUAAUGUCUCCAGGCAAAUAUAAAGCCCUAGCAGAUUGCAGGAAGAGAGGCUCAGAAGACCUCCUGAUUAGAAAUGGAGAUGUCAUUCAGCUUCUCCAUGAGGAUGCUGAGGGUCGAUGGUUGGUGAAAAAUCUAAACAGAAGAAAAGAAGGUCUGAUUCCAGGGAACAGUUUGCAGAUUUUAAUCGGUGACUAUAGGUUUCGGAAUGCCAAAGGUACAGAUGCUGCUCUGAGUAACAAGGAAACUAAGUUCCCCUUGAAUUAAAGGAGAAUGAAUAGACUUUAAAAAAUAAGGUUUCCUUUGGAGGUGUGAACUAGAUUAUAGCUCUAGUUCAGUGUUACAGAUAAACAGUACAAGAGUCAGAUGAUCCUAUGCUGCCAAUGACAUUCACAGAAUUUCCUUGGGACUGAGGUGGACUUCGUCAUUCACAGUUUGUGUCAGUCUUGCAAGAAGCCAUCUUCACACCCUCCAUCCCCUCAGGUGAAAAGUGCAGUGUUAUUUUGUUUCCAAGUAGGGUUUUUCAUGGCAUGUAUUCAGAUUUCCAUUUGAAAACCAUAUUAUCAAUUAUUCUGAACAUUUACAGGCAAAAAUUGGGGGGUAACUUUUCAGUAACAAAACAAAAAUCUAAAGAGAGAUGAGAGAUAAUCAGAGAUUUUAAACCCCUUUGGUAAUUGAUAGUUUAUUAUUUAAUUUCAUUAUCUUUGUGACUUUAUUAUACCAAAGGGAUAUGUUCUGAAGGACCUCUUUUGCACUUAGACUGGUAUUUAGGGUUGUCAGAGCUGUCUUUGAAAGGCCCAAAGCUAAAAAUCCUGCAGUUAGGAUGAGGAAGUUUACAUAUUAUGCAUUGAAAUUUAGAAUACAUCACAGCUUUAAGUUAAAUAUUAGUAUUUGCACAAGAGGUGUUCCUGUAACAAAGCUCUGCUUUCCAGUGUCUUUACUUGCUUUUGAGUUUUCUAGAAAAAUCUAUUCUAGUGCAGGGUUUCAUAAGUUAUAUUGUAUUUCUUUGUGUGCCUUUUCUUUAAUAAUAUAUGUAUAUGUAUGGAUGUCCUUUUAAAUAUGUAAACGGUAAGAUCACUUGUUUUAAAGCAGAGGCUCAGUUGUUGCACGCAAUGUUGAACUUAGGCUUGGAGUAUUUUGUAUUAUGGGCCACUGAAGUCAGUGGUUUGAAAUUGCUGCCUUUUGAAUCAUGGAUCGUGAGUUUUACUAUCAAGUUGGCAUAUUAGGUGCAUGGUUUUUGAUGACUGGUUUUACAAAAACACAACACAACUAUAUAAUACACAAAUUAUUUAUCUUUUAAAAUAGUUUUGUGUAUUAUGUCAAAUCAUAGUUUGUUUCAAUGGUAUCAUUUGAUGUAACCAUUUAUAUGACAAACCAAUUGUAUUUUAUUCAAAGGCACCUACAAAUUAUAAAUCUUCUAAUGUCCAAUUGCUAGAAUUUGUGAUGGCUGAUUUAUAACUAACUCAUGAAACUGUCCAUAUGUUUGAUAUUUCACUUGAUUAAUGCUCCUGAAACAACAACAAAUAUUAAAAUACACUUAUUUUGUUUGCUGAUCCUGUGGCUAGAAGAUAGAGUUAGGAGUUAAAACCUUCGAAUAAUGGUGCCCCUCUGCACAAAACAUUUAAUUUUCAUGGUAUUAAAUUAAGGAUUUUAAUCAUUUAAGAAAAUACUGAGUUCUAUAGAUUCAAACAUACAGUAUAGUCUUUUAAUGUUUUAAUCACUGGACAAUGAAUGCUAUAUUUGUACAUGUAUUUGUAUAUGUAACUGCACUGUAUUGAUUUUAUUGGACUUAUGUGUGUUACUAUGAAACAUAGCAGCAAUUUCCCUUUAAGUCUUCAAAUUUUAAUUACAUUAUAAAUAUACUAAAAAUGCAAAUGUACUUGCAUUAAUUCCACAUUAAAAAUAUCCAACCUUAAACUCACUCGUAUAUUUUUUUAAUUUAAUAUCAUUGAAAAAGCUUUUCCUUUCUUUUUUUUUAAAUUGAAGUAUAGUUGACUUACAAUAUUGUGUUAAAUACUGCUGUACAACAAAGUAAUUCA